UCGUGUGUAUACUUUCGAAACUCCAUAAUGAGCUUUUUAACUCCGCCACUGUAAUAAAGUGGUAACAACCUAUUGUGUUCUUGGGAUUAGUAGAUACUGCAUAGCUGAAAGAUGUAAUCUGAAGGCAACUCAGUUGUGGACUUUCACUUUCAAUAUCGCACUCGUAUCGAAUUCUUCAAACAUAUAGUAUUUUUGAAAGUUACGACACGUAUUCAUUUAAUAUUUUUUGAAGAGUCCGAGCAACGUAAAAAGCCAAGAGGGUCCAUGAGGGGGAAGUCACGCGACAUACUUUCAAGCCAACUUAAAAGCUUAGUCAAGUAGAAUAAAUUUUAGUUUUAUAUGUAUUUUAGCUUUCUCUUUUUCUUUCUACUUCUUCUCCAGUUCUUGAAACAUGACUAAACCUGGUCCAAGACCUUAUGAAUGUGUUAGGAAAGCUUGGCAUAGUGAUAGACAUCAACCUAUCAGAGGUUCCCUUAUUCAAGAAAUUUUCAGGGUUGUGAAUGAGGUUCAUGGCUUAGCAACUAAGAAGAAUAAGGAAUGGCAAGAGAAACUUCCUAUAGUUGUCUUUAAAGCUGAGAAAAUUAUGUAUUCCAAGGCCAAUUCUGAGGCUGAGUAUAUGGAUCUUAAAACUCUUUGGGAUAGACUAAAUGAUGCCAUUGAUACUAUUAUUAGAAGAGACGAUGACAAUACUGAAUCCAGGCCUAGGGAGCUUUUACAACCUUGCAUUGAAGCUGCUUUGCAUUUGGGUUGCUCACCGAAAAGAUCAUCAAGGAGCCAGCGGAACAAUUCUCCAAGAUAUUAUCUAAGUCCUGAAACUCCAGAGUCUAACAAAAUGCCGCACUUGUCAACUCUGAAAUUUACUCCAUCUGUUGGCAUACAAAAUUUACCAAUGCAGACUGCCCGUGCCUCGCCUACUUCUUGUACUGUUUAUCCUUUGUAUCACGGUCGCUGUCAGUUUGAACCUUCUGGUCCCAAACUCGGCUCUAGAACCGAUGCCAAAUCAAAUGCUCAGCUUGUGGAAGCGAACAAGAAGAUUUCUCUAAGAGAUCCUCGCCCGUGUAACUUAAACGCUUCAAGUGAAACUUCUCGGACGGAUUGUGAAGAUGUUUCUGGGACUGUAAUAGGGUGUGAUUUAUCUCUGCGUUUGGGGUCGUUUGUGGUUCCCUGUACUAGAGUUGAGAACGCUUUACGCGAGGAUGACAAACCUGGUGAUAUAUGCCGGUUGAAUGAUCUAUCUCCACAUUUCAAUAGAGGUUUGUCAUUCUUCUUGAAGGAAAAUGCUGAUAAAAACCAGUUUGAAUCAUCUUCGAUGAGUUCAAAUGCCCGAAAUUUGAAUGUAGAGUCGGUUUUGACAAAGAGAAAGCUCGGUGAGGAUCAGCAGAUUUAUUGGCCAGUGAAGCUCCCUUUUAACAGAUUCAGGUCCUAGGUUAUUAACUUAGGUUCCAAGCUGCUCGGACUCUCUAAAAAUGUGGCCGCACCCAUGUUUGUUCCUUCAAAAAUGAACUACUUUUGAGAGAUCCGAAAACACCUGGUGAAAUUUUUGAAGAGUCCGAGUAACAUAGCUUACGUUUCAGUAUUUGUCUUGACAAUGUUGGAGUAGGAAUGUUUAAAAUCUGUGUCUUGUAGCCUCCUUGCUGUAGUUUGUUUGUAACAUUGUAUGCUGCAAACUUAUGUUGUUUAGACUCUUCAAAAAUGU